CCUCUCUUCUGUACCUCUCAAAUCUAACAUUGAAUUCCUCUUACAAAAGCAGAACUAUCAAACAUGGCCGUUAAGGUUGCCACCUUUUUCAUACUAUCUCUCCUCCUCUGCUGCUCCACCCUGUCCGCCAUCGCUGCUCGCCCUGAGCCGGCCUUUGCUGAUGGUUCUUUAGCAAAAACCCAAUCUGGGGUUGUUGAAGGGCAUGCAGAAGACAGCUGCGAAGGAAUUGGAGAGGAUGAGUGCUUGAUGAGAAGAACUCUUGCUGCCCACAUCGAUUAUAUCUACACACAGGACCAGAGCCACAAACCCUGAAAACUUGCCCUGUUUUAUUUUAUCACAACCAUUGACUACAGCGUAUGUUAAUACAUGUAGUAGGUGGUAAAUUAAUUAAUAAGAUAAAAUCAUAAUAAAAAUAUCUUUUAAUCUUGUUUUGAGAUUGUGGGUUGAUUAUCGCAACAUGUCUUCCUGUUUACCUCAGCGAGUAUUCAAUAUUUCUUUCCAAUUGGAAGGGUGUAGUGUCAAUUGGAGUCUUUAUCAAGUCAUAACGCGGAUUUGAGUGCCUUU